GUGUCCACACAUCCACGUCGCAUUUCUCGCCUUUCGCCGCGAAACCCAAACACUCAUAAAGCCAAAUAAUCAAAAAUAAUAAAUGCCAAGAAGCGGCCAAGUGAAGUGUACCCGAUAUGUUAAGCUAUUUGCCGGUAGUGUGGCUUUUUCUUGCCCUCUCGCUGGUGAGGCACCAUGGUGCCCUGGGCCAGAUCAUUCCCCUGCCCACCUUUUGUGUGGGCCAUAGCCCGGAGUGCAGCUGUGCCGCCGAGGCCAACGUGGUGCGGUUCCACUGUCCGGAUGAGUACGCCAUGCUCCUGGAGGUCUCCGAGCCGGGUGCCUCGCUGUACAUGAGCUACUACGCCGUAGGCGAGACUUUGCACUGGCUGCCGCGCUUCAAUAUGAGCGACCUGGUGAAGAUCGAGUUCGAUGCCUACAGCUUCUGGCCGGAGUCAUUCCUGGGCGAUCUGCUAAAGACCAUAGGUGUGCAGAACGUGAAGGCCAUUGUCUUUCGCGACCGCACCUCGGAGACGGUGGUUACCCGGGAUGUGCUCAACACGACUGAUGGCUAUAUGGAAUCAUCACCGCGGGGCAACAUAACAUCCUGGCACUUUGGCUCCGUGCCUGGCCUGAAGAAGUUCAAGUUCUACAGCAAUGUGGAUGAGUUGCAGGAGUCGAUUUUCCAUGGUUUUGAUAGCCUAAGGGAUCUGUUGCUCAAUGUGAAUGUGACGAUUCUGCCGGGCAAAAUGCUGUCUACGGUCAAUGGAACCCUGAAAACCCUGACCAUCGAGAGUCCGGGCAUGGUCUCCUUUGGCAAUCCCCUGCUCCGAGAGCUCCAGCAAUUGCAGAAUCUGAGCCUGGUCCUGUUGGAUCCAUUCCGUACCCGCAACAAGCAACUGCAACCUCACUUUUUUGGAGCCAUGACCAACCUGAUUGAUGUGCGACUGGCAUCCUACACGAGCAGUGUAAACCGGACCACGUUCAAGGGCACCAGCAAGCUGCAGCUGAUCAAGAUGAACGGAAAUAACGAUCUCAGCGAGCUGCCUGCCGAGAUCUUCCUGGAUCAGGGGAACCUCUUGACCCUCGAUCUCUCCUGCAAUGCCAUCACCACCCUCCAUGACGAUGUCUUCAAAGGCCUGGGCAACCUAACCCUUCUGGAUCUGUCCAAAAAUAGAAUGACUGAUUUAUCGAGCACCAUUUUCGCCCCGCUGACCUCGCUGACAGUUCUGCGCCUGAGCCAGAACUCCCUGACCGCCAUGUCGCCGAGUGUGUUCCAGGAUGUGGUCAGUCUCAACUACAUCGAGAUGGUGAACACCCAGUUCUACGGGGCCACGCUCCUGAUGAGCUACGAGGCGGUAGUCUGCACCAACGAAGAGACCUGUCAGUACAAAUCGGCAGAUUGGCAGUGCGAUUAUCGCUGCAUCUGCUGGGUCCAGCGGGCGAUCGGCAGCCUGAUUGUGGAUUGCCGGGGGACCAAUCUGGGGGAGCUGCCUGACUUGCCACACACUACACUGGUGAGCACGGUCCUCAAGGUGGGCAACAACAGCCUCACCCAACUGCCCAACGCCGGAGAUCACAGGGGUUAUGCCAAUGUGAGCGAGCUCUUCCUGGCGAACAACAACCUGACCACCCUGGGCUCAGGUGACCAACUGCCCCAGAAUCUGACCCACUUGGAUGUGAGAAGCAAUCUGAUUCAGUCCGUAAGCGAGGAGUUCGUGGAGUACCUUCAGCAGGCGAACAAUACAAUGACGCUAUCGCUCUCGGGCAACCCCAUAUCCUGUGAUUGUGACGCCCUGUCACUCCUGUUCUUUGUGCGGACCAAUCCGCAGCGUGUCCAGGACAUCGGGGAGGUGAUGUGCACCAAGCAGAAGAAGUCCCUGCAGCAGAUGGAGACCUUCGAGCUGUGCCCCUCGUAUGUCCUGCUCAUCAGCUGCGUGGUCGGCGGCCUGGUGAUCAUCAUCUGCCUGCUCACCGUCUUCUACCUGAUGUUCCAGCAGGAGCUGAAGAUCUGGCUGUACAACAACAACCUGUGCCUGUGGUGGGUCUCCGAGGAGGAGUUGGACAAGGACAAGACCUACGACGCCUUCAUUUCGUACUCGCACAAGGACGAGGAGCUGAUCAGCAAGCUGUUGCCCAAGCUGGAGAGCGGUCCGCAUCCGUUCCGGAUAUGUUUGCACGAUCGCGACUGGCUGGUGGGCGACUGUAUACCCGAGCAGAUCGUCCGCACUGUGGACGACUCGAAGAGAGUGAUCAUUGUGCUGUCGCAGCACUUCAUCGACUCGGUGUGGGCCCGCAUGGAGUUCCGCAUUGCCUACCAGGCCACGUUGCAGGACAGGCGCAAGCGGAUCAUCAUCAUCCUGUACCGGGAGCUGGAGCACAUGAACGGCAUCGAUAGCGAACUGCGGGCCUACCUCAAGCUGAACACCUACCUCAAGUGGGGCGAUCCGCUCUUCUGGAGCAAGUUGUGCUAUGCCAUGCCGCACAACCGAAGGGUUUUGAAGGGCCAAAAGAAGCAUGCCGGUCCCCUCAUCUGAGGCGUCCCUAUAAUAUAGAUUCUAAAGUAUACUCACUUGCUUGGGCCUUAAAAAAUAUACAAAAUAACUGAAGCCACAUGCGUUACAAAAAGAAGAUAUUUAUUCAUUUAGGUUAUAAAUUUAUUUUUAAAGUCAUGAUAUUUUCUUAGCUUAAGUAAUUUAAUCUAAUAAAUUAGUUCACAUUCGGAUGAAUAAAAGAUUUUUAUUCGAAUUUUCCACAGAUGUUAUUUUCAGAAAAUAAGUUUACAAGUAAUAUUUACAAUAAAUUUCAAUAAAUUAGAUAAAAUUUAAUAUUGAAAAUAUAAAAAUA